CUUCACCCGCGUUACCUUGGAAUCUGCUGUACAUAUUCUGGGACUUCGGUGACGCUACGGCGCCUUUAAGGCAGCCCCGGCAACCGUCCGGCUCCGUCAGUGGGGACGUAGAGCCCCCGGAGUCAGAUAAAAACAUACAUGAGAAAUAUUGAUUGACAAAGUGAAGUCAGCAGCUCUUCUAAACUUAGGUAAUGAAUUGACAAGAAGCCAGUAGUGACUGUGUAUGAGCCUUUAUCUGGAAAAUGACUAUUUGAGGAAAAGUCUGCAGCAUUUUGUUUUUUGUAAUGGAAGAAAGAGGAAGGAGUCUGGAUUCUGGGCACAGCAGAAAAUCAGACAGUGAUAAAAGCAGUAAUUCAUAUUACUCUGAUGAUUCAUCUCAUGCCUCUGAUCACUCACCAACCAUCAGCACUCAGUCUAUACAUACUGUAAACAGAAGUAAUAAAAUACAGAACUUGAAAAGCCAUGCAGAUUAUCAUGCCACAAAGCAAUUUUCCUCUAAAUAUGCACCCAGCAAGAGAGGAAACCGCUGGGGUUUUUACUCCCAGAGCCUCAACAGGGAGUCUCCUGCCAAAGAUAUUAGUCUUGUUACAAAAAGAGUGCUUUCUGCUAGGCUGCUGAAAAUUAACGAGCUUCGUAAUGAACUGACUGGGCUGCAUGUCAAACUUGAUGAGUUGCAGAAAGAAAAUAAGGCACUAAAGCAGCUUCAGUACAGACAUGAGAAAGCCCUCCAUAAGUUUGAAGACACAGAAAACGAAAUCUCUCAACUUCUGGCACGGCAUAAUGAUGAGAUGAGAAUACUAAGGGAGCGCUUAAGAAAAUCACAAGAAAGAGAACAAACAACUGAGAAGAAACUCAGGGCUUCAGAGGAAGAGCUAUUCAAGGCUAAAGGUAGUUUGCAAAAACUGAAAAAACUUGCAGAAGAUAAGCAUCUCCCUGAACGUGAAGAGCUGGCUAAGAAGCUGGCACUUGCAGAAAAUAGAUUGGAUGAUAGCGAGAAGAGAAUUAAGGAUUUUGAGAAGAAGCUUGAUCUUAGCAAUAGUAGUUUCCAGAGACAACUGCAUUCUGAGAAAAAGAAAUUGUAUGAAGCCCAAGAAGAAAAUAAGAUUAUCCAAGAGGAAGUCCAACGGUUAAAACAAAAAUUAAAGGAAAGAGAGAGAGAGCUAGAGACAAAAAAUAUAUAUGCUAAUCGUAUGUUAAAACAUUCACCUAAAAAGCAUGUUGAUAUAACACCAAGAAAAAAAGGUAUUGAUAAAAAUACUACAAGAGAAGUACAGAACACAAAAGGGGUACAGACUGCUGGAUACUUUUCACCAGUAGAAUUUCCAUUGCCACCGGAUUUCAUUUCUGAUGAAAUACUAGAUAAAAAGGAAGAGGAUGGGCAUCUCCACCUGGAACAGAUAGUUAAAGACUGGAAAGAACAAGCAGAGCAUUUCAAGCAGGAGCAGAACAGAGAAAGAGAAGAGAAAUUAAAAAAUGAACAAGAACUCCAGGCAUUGGAAGAAAGAGCCAAGAAACUGAGAGAUGAAUGGGAGAAAGAAGAAUCAGACAGAAAGAAAAAAGAAAACAGUCUUUUGCUUGAAAAUGAAAAAGUAAAGAUAGAGACCAAAAUAUUUAUUUCAGAAAAAGAGACACAAAAUCACGACAGAGCAGAAGAGGAAAGACAGAAAGAAAUUCUUCUUGCUAAGAUGUAUGAAAUUGACAGGGAAACUCAAAACAACAUAAAAACUGCUCCCCAAGAACUUACCACAGAUACUGUCGCUGUACCUUAUAUUCUGGAAAAAAAUCAGAGACUAUACCAAUUGUCAGAGACAACAGAGAAAUUGUCUAAUGGAUUACCAGAACCUGACCGCUUUAGUAUGGCUACCAAAGAAGAAAUCCAAAAACAGCAACCUACAGACAUCACAUGCACAAGCAAUGAUUUGAUAUUUGGUAGUUACGUACCUUCCUUUGGGAAAGGGUCAGGGAGGCCAAGCUGGCUUAAUCAAAAAAUUGACUUCUUAGAUGAACUCACUAAGGAAAAUGUAGGUCUUGAUACUAAGAAAGAGAGAAAGUCUAAUUUAAUGGAGCAGCUGUUUGGUAGCAGUGUCAAUACAAUCACUCCACCCAAGAGAAAUGAUUUUCAACAAGACAGUAGUACAAACAGUGGUUUUCAGGCUAAAGGUACCAUGGUCAACAUUAAAAAUGACACUGAUCUUUUUUUUAGUGAAGGAAAGAGCUUUAAUCCCCAAAGACACCGACUGCAACACACAGCAAAUAGACCAGCAGUUAAGGCAUUUGAUUGUUUAGAAGAUGACAUUGAGGAAGUAUUAUUGCAGUGAUUUUAUUCUGUAAAAUAUGUAAAUAGUAUAUAUUUAGUAUGUUUAUAGUUUUAAAUACUUAUCAGAUACUAUAAAUAUGAAGUGAUUGACAUUAGGUUAUAUAGCUUGGGGAAUGAUCAAGAAUGCAGCUUUUUAUUUAGUGCCCUAAGCAAAAAUGGUGACAAUUGAAAGAUAAAACAAGAUGUACUUGCCUGUGGUUAUCUUCCUGUUUUUAUUCUAUUAAUAGAAUCACUUGUCCCUCUACUUGGAAGAAAAUAGUGUUCUCUACAUAUUUUUCAUCAGUUGCUUCAAAUCAACACCUCAGUAGCACAUCCAAAUAAAUGGGGGUGUUUUUGAAUUUACCCAUGCAAAGAUAUAGCCAAGAAUCCUUCCUUUUUAAAAGCAUCUUUCCACCACCAUUUUGUUAAGUAUCUCUUGUAGAGAGUGCUUCCUUUAUGGAGAACCUUCAAGUUUUUAAAAUUGAGGGUGCAGGCAAAACAAUUAAUGCAGAAAAGACUGGAUUGUCCCUUUAACAUUAGUUUAUAUUCUAGUUUUGCAUAAUAAACCUAAAUGUUUGCUUUAAAUUUAAUAGAUGUUUAUCAGCCUCUGUCACUGAAUAAAAUUGACUGUAAUACUUGAUGACAAUAUAGAGAGCGUUGUAAUUUGUUGUUCGAAAGCUUAUGAGAAAAGUGUUUAAUAGAGAAACAAAAAAUGUAUGCCCAUUAAAUUAACCUACACUUUAAUUGUACCAUGCCAGCUCUAUUAAAAACUACAAUACAAUAACUGGGUUGUGAAUUACUGACAUGAAUGAAAUCAAUUUGGCAAAGUGAA